CAACCGGCCCCGGUCUCGAGGCUGCAGCAGCUUGGGUUUCGAGCCCGACCAAACGGAGCCCGAGUCCCGGCUCCUGAGGGGAUCGCUCUCUGCAGACCUGUGGGACCCCGAAACUUGAAUGCAGUACCCAGCCCCCUUUUUUAUGCCUUCCUUUGUCACGUCCCCACCUUGCUCCCAGCGCAUUCCCCUUUUCCUCCCUCAUCUCCAUUUAUCGAAAGACACAAAAGUGGCUUUCGCGGGAAGAUUUGGAGGCGGUGGGAGCUCUUCUUUUUGAAGAGCGACUGUGUAGACGGGGUUUUUGGGAAGCAGCUUUUUAACACCUUUGCCCCUCACCCCGAACCUCUUUGUACCUUCCUGAGGAGCAAAUCCCGUAGGUUGAAAGUUCGGGGGCAUUUUGCUGGGUGCUGUAGAAGAGAGAGGUGGAAGACCUCGCCCUCGCCCUGAUAGUUGCCUGGACUUACACCGGCCGUUGGAAACCCUGAAGUACCUUUCCGUGUGGGACUUUUACAAUUAUAUAUUUUUAAAUAUCAGAUUAAAAAAUAUAUGCUUUCUAUAUACUUCUUGACGACCUGCCUCUGACAGCGCGAUGUACAAUACGGUGUGGAGUAUGGACCGCGAUGACGCAGACUGGAGGGAGGUGAUGAUGCCCUAUUCGACAGAACUGAUAUUUUAUAUUGAAAUGGAUCCUCCAGUAAAAUUCCACUGCUGUUCUUUCAGCAUAAUUAUUCUUGGAUCUUCACUUCCUCUCUAUGCGCUUCCACCAAAGCCACCUAAGCCAAUGACUUCAGCUGUUACGAAUGGAAUGAAGGACAGUUCUCUUUCUCUUCAGGAUGCAGAAUGGUACUGGGGGGAUAUUUCAAGGGAGGAGGUAAAUGACAAAUUACGGGACAUGCCAGACGGUACCUUCUUGGUCAGAGAUGCCUCAACAAAAAUGCAGGGAGAUUAUACUUUGACUUUGAGGAAAGGAGGCAAUAAUAAGUUAAUAAAGAUCUAUCAUCGAGAUGGUAAAUAUGGCUUUUCUGAUCCUCUGACAUUUAAUUCUGUGGUGGAACUCAUUAAUCACUAUCAUCAUGAAUCACUUGCUCAGUACAAUCCCAAACUUGAUGUGAAGCUGAUGUACCCAGUGUCCAAAUACCAACAGGAUCAAUUCGUAAAAGAAGAUAACAUUGAUGCAGUAGGUAAAAAACUUCAGGAGUACCACUCUCAAUAUCAGGAAAAGAGUAAAGAGUAUGACAGGCUAUAUGAAGAAUAUACCAGAACAUCCCAGGAAAUACAGAUGAAGAGGACUGCAAUUGAAGCUUUUAAUGAAACAAUUAAAAUAUUUGAAGAGCAGUGUCACACACAAGAACAAUAUCGCAAAGAAUAUAUUGAGCGAUUUCGCAGAGAGGGGAAUGAAAAGGAAAUUGAACGAAUUAUGAUGAAUUAUGACAAAUUGAAAUCACGUCUGGGUGAGAUUCAUGAUAGCAAAAUGCGUCUAGAGCAGGAUCUGAAGAAACAAGCUUUGGACAACCGGGAAAUAGAUAAAAAAAUGAACAGUAUCAAACCUGACCUGAUUCAGCUGCGCAAGAUCCGUGAUCAGCACCUUGUAUGGCUCAAUCACAAAGGAGUGAGGCAGAAACGCCUAAAUGCCUGGCUGGGAAUCAAGAAUGAGGAUGCUGAUGAGACCUAUUUUAUCAAUGAGGAAGAUGAAAACCUGCCCCAUUAUGAUGAGAAAACCUGGUUUGUUGAGGAUAUCAAUCGAGUACAAGCAGAGGACUUGCUUUAUGGGAAACCCGAUGGUGCAUUCUUAAUUCGUGAGAGUAGCAAGAAAGGAUGUUAUGCUUGCUCUGUGGUUGCCGAUGGGGAAGUGAAACACUGUGUGAUCUACAGCACUGCCCGGGGCUAUGGCUUUGCAGAGCCCUACAACCUGUACAGCUCACUGAAGGAGCUGGUGCUCCAUUACCAGCAGACUUCCCUCGUUCAGCACAACGACUCCCUCAACGUCAGGCUUGCCUACCCUGUCCAUGCACAGAUGCCCUCGCUCUGCAGAUAAAGAGGGAGUGGGAAGAGAAGUGGCUCUCUAGCAUUUUUUUCUACAGUUUUUAUUAGACUAUGAGGGCAUUCUUUCUACGUAGACUGCUUGUUUUGCACAAGAAGUGAUUCUGUGAAUGUGAAGUGGAGAGUUUGAGCAGCAGCUGGCCAGGACACAGGCGCAAGGGGCCUGAGAUUCUCUGGGACCCAGUGGUGCUGCUGCACUAGCAUAGGAAGCUGGAAGCAGAUGUUUUUUUGGGAAGUCUGUUUCAUUGUUUUUUUGUUUGUUUGUUUGUUUGUUUGUUUAGCCAGGCACCCUCAACAGAACACAUUAAGCUUGAGGGGGGUGGGAGGGUUGUAUCUGGAAGCUUCUUAAGAGUCCAUGUCCUCUUUGGGUCUUCAACUCUGAGAACGAGGUAGGGGCAUGGCUCUGUGGGGAGCUCUGUUUUGAUCUGGCAGUCUGUUUUAACUUUCUCCCAAAGAGAAGGCCGAUUUGGUUCUGUGGUAGAAUGGCAUUCGGUGAAAAAGACAACCAAAGGAAAAUGGGGAGGCCUGGGAUUUCGUCUAUGAACUCUCAGUCAAGGAGGUAAAAACCCUUCAGUGGAAGGCCUUGUAUUUCUUAACCAACAUAACUUGGGCAUCAAUGUCUCAUAGCUCCUCCCUCUAAAGAAGCAUUGUUUAGAAACCAAAUUGGUCCCAGCAAAAGUGUUUGUUGCCGGAUUGAGGUCUGAUGGAAGAAGGCAACACUCGUGUCUGAAUGCACACUUAUGUACCAAAACUUGAAAAUAAAAAGAAAGCUAGAAUGUGUUAGUUUUAGCAAACACUAAAAUUGGUCAAUGUAACCUCUCUGCCCUGUUUCUCAGAGAUGAAGAAUAGUGUUCUUUUUGUGGGCAUGGUGAGCUUUGAAUCAUAAAAUGAAGUUGGUGCUUGUGUGUUGUUUCCUUAGCCUAAAGAAUGAUCUGUUGUCUAAAACCUUUGUAACUUGUUUGUAUGAGUAAAGAAAAGGUGCAAUCCAGUGCUUUUAGAUGGCUUGAUAUACCAAAUAAUGAUAUAGAACAACAGUCUUAUAUGUGCUUCCCCAAGUUUAAAGGCCCUGCAGAAACAGUGAACAUGGUUAAUUGCUCAUUGCCUAUCCUUUGCUGGGUAGGGCUAGGGUCAUACAUAGGUUGCUAAGGCUGUAGCAGGAAGGGAGCCAGAUUGUGGUCAGGGACCUCAGUAAAUCAUAGACCCAGGGGCUCUGGUGUCCAGGGCAAGGGUCAUACCAUAUUACCCAUGUGCUUCCAUAUAGUGGUUUCUAAAACUUUUGUAAGGAGAGGAAAGAAUGGUUUGGAGUUUGGACUGUUAGUAGAAAUCAUCUGGAAGCUUUACUCUUUGCCUUUUUUGUGAUCCUGAUAUUAAGAGAUGUGCACAAACUGUCCUGAUUUUAGGCCAGGAUCAUCUGCUCCAUGUGGUUUAAGCCUUCCAGCUGAGUGGAGCUAGGCAAAUGGAGUUGGAGGCAGGCAUGUCCUACCUCCAUUAUGCCCUUCCCCAUCAGUCAGCACUCAUUUGACAAAUAGAAUUCAGCUGUCUGAGCCAAUCCUGGAACCAUAAUAGGCUCAGAGUGAGUCAGCUGUUUGAGCCCGAAGCUGUGCAGUCAGGUGUCCUGGCUGAGCUACACAAGAAGCCAAUAUCUGGGUCUCGGUGCAUGAGGCUUAUAGCUAGGAAAGCUCUAGUUUUGGGGAUGAAAGAAAUGAAUAUUGCUUUUCCUGAGCACUUAUCUUGGUGACAGGGUCUAGAAUGGACCACGACAUAGAAAUUAGACAUAGAAGAAAGUUUUGGAAAAACUUUCAGUUACUAACAAUGAGUAUAGGAAGAAAAGGGCAUAUCUUUGGCUGUUCUGACUUUAAGUCCUUAACUGAUAGUGAAGGAGCUGCACAUCCCUUCCCCAAAUUGCCAGAUUGAAAUCUUGCUGAAAGUUUUACUGAGUAAUGGCAGGCCAGUUGUUGGUACACCUGGUGUUGAACCUGCUUACUCCGUUAGAUGCUCAAGAUUGGCUGGAAGGAAGUCCUCCUUUCUAGUACUAAAGUUUAGUGUUCUCAAUGUCUUAAAUGAAAUUGGGGAUAAGGAUACAUUGAACUGUGUGUUGCUCCUUGUCAGACAGUCAUUAGGGUGUGCAGGGAGAGAGCUAGCAUCAUCUAUUACCUACACUUGGGCUGGCAUGUGGAGAAGGGCAGCCCUUUUUCAGUCCUACAUUCCUUCACUUUUUGUUUCUUUCCUGUUUUUCAUUCUUGAAUUUGUUGUUUUGUGGGGACUAAGACCUAGGGAAUCAUUUGAGAAGUCGAAAAGUUUUUUUUUCUGACUAGUUGCCAGAUUUGCUUGAUCCUGAGUCAGUGGAAAUGGCAUAGGAACCAGUCUGUUAACCACUUGGAUGGUGGGAUGCUACUUCUGUCCUCUGUGGUCUUGGUAGCAAGCCUCGGCCUCCAUCUGAAUCUAGUUCUGUGUCCUGUCCCAUGAUCUGGGCCUGAGAUUCUCUCUCAUGGUAUCAUAACUGCAGCCUCACUGAAGCAGAGGGUAAAGGGACAAAACAAGACCAGAGUGGUCCAUUGUUUUCCUGGCUAGAGAAGCCAGCUACCAACAUGGAAGCAGCCUGGGGUUGGCUAGACACAGGUCCUAAGGCCCCUCUAUUCCAGGUGGAACGUUCAUCACAGAACAAUGCUGUCUCCAUCUGGCCAUAGAUGUUAAACCUUAGCCAUGGCUCAGGCCUGUACAGGGUAGCUGUGUCCUUACUGCUGAUUUGGCCAAGAUUGAGGACUUCCUAAUAACUCUCCUACCCUAUCUCAUCUACAAGACCUGAUGGGAUCUCCCACUUAUAUUGGGCCUCGUGCUCUAAAGAAGCUUUUUUGAGAGCCAGUGUGGUGUCUUCCAUGGGUCUCUUGCUGCAAGGAACCAGCCUGCUAGGCCCUCUUGGGCCAAGAAUUGCAUUUGGGCAAUUUCUGGUUUUCAAGGUGGUCUCUGUUGCCAGGUAAGACUCCAGACUAGUCCUCUGUGAGGCUUUAGUGGCCUCAAAGCAGAGGGUCCAGAUGAGGGUCUGGAUGGGCCCUCUGUUGCCAGCUGCUCAGCCCUGCUCCAGCCCCACCCACUUGUGACAACCUUGUUUCCUUACAAAUUCCAGCAUGUGACUUUGGUGCCCUGUUGUUACUUGUGAAGAACUUAUUCUGUUGUCUUUGAUGUAGUCCAAAAAAUUCAUGUAGUUCACGUAAAAAUAUCUGAUUCACAGGGAAGCCAACUAUGUGUCUUGUGUUGGGACAGUUCAUAUGUAGUUCCUAGACCACUUUUGCAAAUUGUUCUUGUCACCAGAUGUGUUCAGACAUUGCUGUG